CCAUUCACAUGCACUCAAUGUGGGAAGAGUUUCAACCAAUCAUCAAACCUUAAUCACCACAUGAUGAUCCACACUGGAGCUAAACCAUUCACAUGCACUCAGUGUGGGAAGAGUUUCAACAGAUCAUCACACCUUAAUUAUCACAUGAGGAUCCACACUGGAGAGAAACCAUUCACAUGCACUCAGUGUGGGAAGAGUUUCAACCAAUCAUCAAACCUUAAUCACCACAUGAGGAUCCACACUGGAGCUAAACCAUUCACAUGCACUCAGUGUGGGAAGAGUUUCAACAGAUUAUCACACCUUAAUUAUCACAUGAUGAUCCACACUGGAGAGAAACCAUUUACAUGCACUCAGUGUGGGAAGACUUUUAACUGCUCAUCGCACCUUAAUCAACACAUGAAGAUCCACACUGGAGAGAAACCAUUCACAUGCACUCAGUGCGGGAAGAGUUUCAUCCAGUCAUCAUCCCUUAAUCAACACAUGAGGGUCCACACUGGAGAGAAACCAUUCACCUGCACUCAGUGUGGAAAGAGUUUCAACCAAUCAUCAAAUCUUAAUCUACACAUGAGAAUCCACACUGGAGAGAAACCAUUCACAUGCCCUCAGUGUGGGAAGAGUUUCAACGCCUUAUCACACCUUAAUCAACACAUGAUGAUUCACACUAGAAAGAAACCAUUCAAAUGCACUCAAUGUGGGAAAAGUUUUAACCGCUCAUCAGACCUUCAUCAACAUAUGAGGAUCCACACUGGAGAGAAACCAUUCACAUGCAACCAGUGUGAGAAGAGUUUUAACUGCUCAUCAAACCUUUAUAAACACAUGAAAAUCCACACUGGAGAGAAACCAUUCACAUGCAACCAGUGUGGGAAGAGUUUUAACUUUUCAUCAAACCUUCAUCGACACAUGAGGAUCCACACUGGAGAGAAACCAUUCACAUGCACUCAGUGUGGGAAGAGUUUUAACAUUUCAUCAAACUUUCAUCAACACAUGAGGAUCCACACUGGAGAGAAACCAUUCACAUGCAACCAGUGUGGGAAGAGUUUUAACUGCUUAUCACACCUUAAUCAACACAUGAUAAUCCACACUAGAAAUAAACCAUUCAAAUGCACUCAAUGUGGAAAAAGUUUUAGCCGCUCAUCAGACCUUUAUAAACACAUGAGAAUCCACACUGGAGAGAAACCAUUCACAUGCAGUCAGUGUGGGAAGUGUUUUAACUUUUCUUCAAACCUUAAUCGACACAUGAGG